AAUAUCAAAUACGUUCAUUACGUCCACCGCACCUUAUUAGAGCGUCCAUUUUAUAAAGACCUCUCCAACCAAACACUUAGUACAAAACUUGAGGUUUAUAACCCCGGUGGUUUUAUCACCUUAUCGAAAAUCAUCAGUGAUAAGAAUUUUCAGAAUUUGAUAUCGAAGCCACAAUACUAGGCAAUGAGCAUACCUAUAUUUUAGUUUUAAUUCAGUGUUGUUCGUGAAUUUUAAAUUUGUUAAAAUGCGUGAAAUCGUGCACGUUCAAGCCGGCCAGUGCGGUAAUCAAAUCGGAUCUAAAUUUUGGGAAGUCAUCUCCCGUGAACAUGCAAUUGGUCCAGAUGGAAUGUACCAUGGGACACAUCACAUUCUCAAAGACCGUCUGAAUGUAUACUACAAUGAGGCAUCAAGUGGCAAGUACGUCCCUCGCGCUGUGCUGGUUGACCUGGAGCCAGGUACCAUGGACUCUGUCCGUUCCGGGCCUUAUGGACAGCUAUUCAGACCAGACAACUUUGUCUUUGGGCAGAGUGGGGCAGGUAACAACUGGGCCAAAGGACAUUAUACAGAAGGCGCUGAAUUGGUUGAUUCUGUGCUUGAUGUCAUCAGGAAGGAAGCUGAAGGAUGCGACUGCCUCCAAGGUUUCCAGCUCGCCCACUCCUUGGGUGGAGGAACUGGGUCUGGUAUGGGAACUCUACUCCUCAGCAAGAUACGAGAGGAGUUUCCUGAUAGGAUCAUGACCACUUUCAGUGUUGUACCAUCACCAAAAGUAUCAGAAGUUGUUCUGGAGCCAUACAAUGCGACUCUGUCCGUUCACCAAUUGGUGGAGAACACUGAUAUGACGUUCUGUAUUGACAAUGAAGCCCUCUACAACAUCUGCUUCAAGACUUUGAGGUUAAGCAGCCCGACAUAUGGAGAUCUCAAUCAUUUGAUAUCGUACACAAUGGCGGGUGUGACUACAAGCCUUCGUUUCCCGGGUCAAUUGAACGCUGAUUUGCGCAAAUUGGCUGUCAACAUGGUUCCUUUCCCGCGACUACAUUUCUUCAUGCCGGGCUUCGCACCCCUCACGGCGAGGAAUUCAUUUAACUUCAGAGCGCAGAACGUUGCGGAACUACUGUCGCAGAUGUUCAACCCGGGUAAUAUGAUGACAGCGUGUGAUCCUCGUCACGGUCGUUAUUUGACAGUGGCCACCAUGUUCAGAGGUAUCAUGUCCAUGAGGGAAGUGGAUGAACAGAUUCUGGCCAUUCAGAACAAGAACUCCAGUUACUUCGUGGAAUGGAUUCCCAACAAUAUGAAAGUAUCAGUUUGUGACGUACCACCAGAGGGAUUAAAGAUGGCCGCCACCUUCAUAGGUAACACUACAGCCAUUCAAGAGGUAUUCAAGCGAAUCUUGGAACAGUUCACUGCUAUGUUCAGAAGACGGGCCUUCCUCCAUUGGUACACGGGCGAGGGUAUGGACGAGAUGGAGUUCACUGAGGCAUCCAGCAACAUGUUCGAUUUAAUAUCAGAAUAUCAGCAGUACCAGGUCGCUGAAAUAGAUGAUGAGGAAUUGGAGUUGGAAGACGAAGAAAUCGAAACCGGCAUACCGGUCCAGUUGGAUCAUUAAUCAUAAGCCAUUAUUAUUAUUAAUAUGUAUGAAAGCGUAUAUGUUAAAAUAUAUAUGCUUGCUUCAGUAAGAGCACGAAAAUAAAAAUGCUUUUAUGAUCACAUUUUUUUGAACCGUGUAACGGAACGUUUUUUGGUAUUGAUUUAAGAAUUGUUAUCUGGGUUUUAACCCUGUACACUGUUUUUCCUCGCAAAAAAAAUGUUGAUUUGUGUUUUCAUAAUUAAUUGGUUUUGACUA